AUGUCUUUGCCAGUUCUCAGUCUUGCGCUCGUCACCUUUGCCUUUGCGGCUCCGCCAAUUGUACCUCCAGUGAAUCUGAAACCAUGUGUGGACGGUGUCAACAAUGUCGUCCAGAUUAAGGAUAUUCAUGACGGUAAGGUUGUUGUUAGUUCACCAAAUACCGACAUGAAAACGGCCGAGUUCAAGAUGACACUGAAAAAGAACUCGAUCUUCAUCGGAACUGUCUGCGAUAAUGGAGUCGCAAAGAAAGCUCAAGUACCACCAGAGGCAUGCCAUCACAAGAUCUACCCAGAGAUUGGUGACAAGUUCUUGGAGAUGCUCAGCACCCCCGGCAGCUACGACAUGGAAGUGAUUGAGAAGGAGGCUCAUCAGUCGAACAUCAUCAAACUGCCAGCAAUCAGCAGCGCUUUGAACAACUUUGUCGUUAAGGGUGACUGGCAGGCACAGAUCGCACUCGUUCUUGGAGGUCAGACAAUCGCACAUAUCAAGGCUCCAUCAAAUACUGAUUGGCUCUAUGUCAACUAG